GUGACGUCAAGAUGUGUAUAGUCCAGCCAAGAUGGCUGACAGCAUCCCGCUAAACUCGAUGCGGAAGGGCUCGAAAAAAGUAGCUUAUUACAACACUCCAAGACAUUCUAGGUAUUCUUUAGAAGAUGAACCCUCUAACUUGGACGAGAUGCCCCUGAUGAUGUCUGAGGAAGGUUUUGAGAAUGAUGAGAGUGACUACCACACCCUGCCUCGGGCCAGGGCCAACCAGAGACAGAGAGGCCUGGGGUGGCUCCUCAUGGGAGGCUGGAAGAUCCUCUGUGGCAGCUGCUGUGACUGCUUGGCUCGUAUGUGUCGGAGGACGAAGGAGCUGAAAGCCCGGACAGUGUGGCUGGGCCACCCGGAGAAGUGUGAGGAGAAGUACCCCAAGAACGCCAUUAAAAACCAGAAGUACAACUUCUUCACCUUUGUGCCUGGGGUUCUCUACCAGCAGUUCAAGUUCUUCCUCAACCUGUACUUUCUAGUGGUGGCCUGCUCCCAGUUCGUGCCAUCCCUAAAAAUAGGGUACUUGUACACCUACUGGGCACCUCUGGGCUUUGUGAUGGCUGUUACAAUGGUACGUGAGGCCGUGGACGAGGUCCGGCGGUACCAGCGGGACAAGGAGAUGAACUCCCAGCUCUACAGCAAGCUCACAGUGCGAGGUAAAGUUCAAGUGAAGAGUUCUGAUAUACAAGUUGGAGACCUCAUCAUAGUUGAAAAGAACCAAAGGAUCCCUGCAGAUAUGAUAUUUCUAAGGACAUCAGAGAAGACUGGUUCAUGUUUCAUCAGGACGGACCAAUUAGACGGAGAGACAGACUGGAAGUUGAAAGUUGCUGUUAUUUGCACACAAAGACUACCUGCUCUUGGGGACCUCUUUUCCAUCAAUGCUUAUGUCUAUGCCCAGAAGCCUCAGCUGGACAUCCACAGUUUUGAGGGAAACUUCACAAGGGAAGACGGUGAUCCACAAAUCCAUGAGAGUUUGAGCAUUGACCACACCCUUUGGGCCAGCACUAUUGUGGCAUCUGGCACAGUGAUAGGGGUGGUGAUCUACACAGGAAAAGAGACCAGGAGUGUACUGAACACGUCCUCGCCCAAGAAUAAGGUGGGUCUGCUGGACCUGGAGCUGAACCGCCUUACCAAGGCUCUGUUCCUGGCUCAGGUUGUCCUGUCUAUUGUCAUGGUAGCGCUGCAGGGCUUUGUGGGCCCCUGGUUUCGGAACCUGUUCCGCUUCAUCGUGCUAUUCUCCUACAUCAUCCCCAUCAGCUUGCGUGUCAAUCUGGACAUGGGGAAGUCGGCCUACGGUUGGAUGAUCAUGAAAGAUGAAAACAUCCCUGGUACUGUAGUACGGACCAGUACCAUUCCCGAGGAGCUGGGCCGCCUGGUGUACCUACUGACUGACAAAACAGGCACUCUGACACAGAACGAGAUGAUCUUCAAGCGGCUGCACCUGGGGACAGUGUCCUAUGGGACGGACACCAUGGACGAGAUCCAGAGCCAUAUAGGGCAGUCAUACGCACAGCCGAGCUCCCAGACCCAGAAGUCCAACAGCAGCAACAGCUCCUCCCCAUCUAGGAAGCCCCAGCCAGCCCAGGCCCCCAAGGCGGCGGCCCCCAAGGUCCGCAGGAGCGUCAGCAGCCGUAUCCACGAGGCAGUGAAGGCCAUCGCGCUGUGCCACAACGUCACGCCCGUCUACGAGUCCCGCGCCAAUGGGGAGACGGAGUCCACUGCCGCCGAGGCCGACCAGGACUUCAGCGACGACAACCGCACCUAUCAGGCCUCCAGCCCUGACGAGGUGGCGCUGGUGCGGUGGACGGAGAGCGUAGGGCUGACUCUGGUGAACAGGGACCUGACCUCCCUGCAGCUGAAGACCCCAGCAGGACAGGUCCUAACCUACUACAUCCUGCAGAUCUUCCCCUUCACCUCAGAGAGCAAGAGGAUGGGCAUCAUCAUCAGGGAGGAGACCACAGGUGACAUCACGUUUUAUAUGAAGGGUGCUGAUGUUGCCAUGGCGAGUAUCGUGCAGUACAAUGAUUGGCUGGAGGAGGAGUGUGGGAACAUGGCCAGGGAAGGGCUUCGGACCCUGGUGGUGGCUAAGAAAUCUUUGUCUGAAGAGCAGUAUACAGACUUUGAGAACCGUUACAACCAGGCCAAGCUGAGUAUCCAUGACCGGGCUCUGAAGGUGUCAGCAGUGGUAGAGAGUCUGGAGAGGGAGAUGGAGCUUCUGUGUUUGACUGGGGUUGAGGACCAACUACAGGCUGACGUCAGGCCAACCCUGGAGCUCCUCAGAAACGCUGGGAUCAAGAUAUGGAUGCUUACCGGGGAUAAGCUGGAGACAGCUACUUGUAUCGCUAAAAGCUCCCAUUUGGUGUCCAGAAGCCAAGAUAUUCAUGUAUUCAGAUCGGUCUCCAACAGAGGAGAGGCCCAUCUGGAGCUCAAUGCCUUCAGAAGGAAACACGACUGUGCUCUGGUCAUCUCUGGAGACUCCUUGGAGGUGUGUCUACGGUACUAUGAGCAUGAGUUUGUGGAGCUGGCGUGUCAGUGUCCAGCAGUAGUCUGCUGUCGCUGCUCCCCCACUCAGAAAGCCCAGAUUGUCCACCUUCUCAAGCAGCACACAGCCAACAGAACCUGUGCCAUAGGUGAUGGAGGUAAUGAUGUCAGUAUGAUACAGGCAGCAGACUGUGGCAUCGGCAUUGAAGGAAAGGAGGGGAAGCAGGCAUCCCUGGCGGCAGAUUUCUCCAUCACUCAGUUUAAGCACAUUGGCCGGCUGCUCAUGGUCCACGGCAGGAACAGCUACAAGCGUUCAGCAGCCCUGGGCCAGUUUGUCAUGCACCGAGGCAUGAUCAUAUCAACCAUGCAGGCAGUGUUUUCCUCCAUUUUCUACUUUGCAUCAGUCCCUUUGUACCAGGGUUUUCUCAUGGUUGGGUAUUCUACCAUCUACACGAUGUUCCCUGUAUUUUCCCUGGUUCUGGACCAGGACGUGAAGCCAGAGAUGGCUCUGCUAUACCCUGAGCUUUACAAAGACCUCACCAAGGGUCGUUCCUUGUCUUUCAAGACUUUUCUCAUUUGGGUGUUGAUCAGUAUUUACCAAGGUGGCAUCCUGAUGUACGGCGCACUGGUGUUGUUUGAGUCGGAGUUUGUGCACGUGGUGGCCAUCUCCUUCACUGCGCUGAUCCUCACCGAACUGCUCAUGGUGGCACUCAACAUCCGUACCUGGCACUGGCUCAUGGUGCUAGCAGAGUUCUUCAGUCUGGGCUGCUACAUAGCCUCGCUUGCCUUCCUCAAUGAGUACUUCGGCAUAGGCAGAGUGUCCUUUGGAGCAUUUCUGGACCUGGGCUUCAUCACGACACCAGCCUUCCUUUGGAAGGUGUCAGUGAUCACUGUCGUCAGCUGUCUCCCUCUCUAUAUCAUCAAAUACCUGAAGCGCAAGUUCUCACCACCCAGCUACUCCAAGCUGUCCUCAUGAGCCAUUUUAAGCUCUAUCCUGCUCACACAACUCUCCUAAUUAUCUUUCUCAUGCUCUCUAUGAUUCCAACCUUUUCAGCGCUUUUUGAACUGGUCCACAGUGAUUGACAGACAGGGAACCUAAAGAGGUCACCAGAAGCAACAACAUGAGUAGAGUAUUGUAUGGAUUCAUGUCACUGGAAUGUGGUAAUACUUGUAAAGACAGCGCCACACAAAUGCUAAAAAGGGACAGGGAAGGGAUAAAAACAGAACAAAUAACCCUUUGAGGCACUGGACGGGAAGGCUCGGGUCAAUUUGCCUUCUGCACUUCCAACCCAAUUGCUUCAAGUGUCUUUUAUUUUUUUUAUAACUCUAUGACUAUGGUUUCCGCGUUGAACUUUUUGAAUAUGUAGUUCUGCAUUAAAAAGUGUUUUAUUCACCUUUAUUCAUCUCUGUGCUGAGUAGAGAUACCAGUAUGAUGGUUUAAUUUGUGAUUUACAACUUUGAUUCCUACGAACUUAACGCAUGCACCAUUUUACUACUGUACCCUGCCGCUUACAAUAACGGUCAGGGUUUUUCUUUCUUUUACUUUUUUCAACAUUGUAGAAUAAUAGUGAAGACAUCAAAACUAUGAAAUAACGCAUAUGGAAUCAUGUAGUAACAAAUAUAUUUCUCUAUUUGAUAUUCUUCAAAUAGCCACCCUUUGCCUUGAUGACAGAUUUGCACACUUUUGGCAUUCUCUCAACCAGCUUCACCUGGAAUGCUGUUCCAACAGUCUUGGAGUUCCCACAUGCUGAGCACUUGUUGGCUGCUUUUCCUUCACGCUGCUGUCCGACUCAUCCCAAAACCAUCUUAAUUUGGUUGAGGUCGGGGGAUUGCCAGGUCAUCUGAUGCAGCACUUCAUCACUCUCCUUCUUGGCAAAAUAGUGCUUACACAGCCUUGGAGGUGUGUUGGGUCAUUGUCCUGUUGAAAAACAAAUGAUAGUGGCUCUAAGCGCAAACCAGAUGGGAUGGCAUGUCACUGCAGAAUGCUGUGGUAGCCAUGCUGGUUAGAUGUGCCUUGAAUUCUAAAUAAAUCACAGACAGUAUCACCAGCAAAGAACCCCCAUACCAUCACACCUCCUCCUCCGUGCGCCACGGUGGGAAAUACACAUGCGGACAUCAUCCGUUCACCCACACCGCGUCUCACAAAGACAUGGUAGUUGGAACCAAAAAUGUCUAAUUUGGACCUUAGACCAAAGGACAGAUUUCCACCGGUCUAAUGUCCAUUGCUCCUGUUUCUUGGCCCAACCAAGUCUCUUCUUCUUAUUGGUGUCCUUUACUAGUGGUUUCUUUGCAGCAAUUCAACCAUGAAGGCCUGAUUCACACAGUCUCCUCUGACCGGUUGAACUCUGUGAAGCUUUUAUUUGGGCUGCAGUUUCUGAGACUGGUGACUAUAAGGAACUUAUCCUCUGCAGCAGAAGUAACUCUGAAAUUUCCCGCUUUGACAGACCCUCAUGUCUUAAAGUAAUGAUGGACUGUAUUUUCUCUAGUCUUAUUUGAGCUGUUCUUGCCAUCAUAUGGACUUUGUUUUUUGCCAAAUAGGGCUAUCUUCUGUAAACCCCCCUACCUUGUCACAGCACAAUUGAUUGGCUCAAAUUCAUUAAGAAGGAAAGAAUUCAACAAUUUAACUUUUAACAAGGCACACCUGUUUAUUGAAAUGCAUUCCAGGUGACUACCUCAUGAAGCUGGUUGAGAGAAUGCUAAGAAUCUCAAAUAUAAAAUAUAUUUGGAUUUCUUUAACACUUUUUUUGGUUACUAGAUUAUUCCUAUGUGUUUUUUCAUAGUUUUGAUGUCUUCACUAUUAUUCUACAAUGUAGAAAAUAGUAAAAAUAAAGUACAACCGUUGAAUGAGUAGGUGUUCUAAACCUUUUAACCGGUAGUGUGCUUAGGGAAAACGUACACUAACCAAAAUAAGCUACAUUUUGCAAAUAAAAGUGCAAAUUAUUUGUUCUGGGAACAACACCCAACUGGCUUUGGAUGUUCUCUCUUUGUACAAUAAGUCCUUUACAUUUCCAGAUGCUGAAUAUCAUAUCAAAUAUCUUCAUGAAUUCCUGAGAGUAGAAACCAGCACUCCAUAGUUAAUUCGAUUUAGGCAAUUGUAUUCCUUGCAUCCUGGCCUUGAACAUAGUGUAUUACGCUAUCGGGAUGUGUAUUUGUCAUUGUCUGCCAGCCCUGGUUGCUGGACAUGCCAGUUUGCGUUUGUGCCUCAUUGUUUGAUUGUUGCGUUUGGAAAACGGCUCUCAUAGCUCCGAUUUGUCAAUCACAGGAUUAGAUAGACUAGCUAGAGUAUUCUGUUUCUUAUUUGAAAGAUCUCCUGGGCCAGCAGCUUGACCACAAGGGAUAUAUAUACCUUGCUGUAACCACUCACUUCUGACAAUAUUUCACAAUGACCACUGUUCUUUCUCAAUCUUAAACAACCACAUAAUAUUAAGGCUGUAGUUUUGUAGGCAUACUCUGACAAUUACUAAUAUGACAGUAUCUUUAUGAACCUCUGAUCAUGUCUUCUGGGCUUGAGAUGAAGCUGACUUCACCCUGCUAUGGAUGCAAAGACGAAACCUGACAGUGGUUUGGGGGAAUGAGUUUUAUCAUUCUUGCCAUGUGAGUGUGUGUGUUUAGUUAGAUAUAAAUGCCUAGUCCAAACACAAUUGAAUACAUGUAUCACGAUGCUCACACUGAUCUAUUUUCCUGAUUGUCUUUGUCUGUACAGUAAGUGUUGUAUAUUUCUCUGUGGAUGAGGUUGCCAUGUUUUUGUAUCCCAUUUGAGUUGAUCUCAGGUAAAUCAUUCCUGUAUGUCCUGAAUAGUCUGAAUAGAAUUGUGGCAACCAUACUGUACACGGCAACGCUGUAUGAGGCAGACUGGGCUGUUGUGUUUAUUUAUGAGUGAAGUAUGGACAUGGCUGUCAUUGUAAUACAAAUAUAUAUUUUUUCAGUUAACUUGAUCCCAAUUGUUUAAUGAUGUGUUUUCUGUUGAUACUUAUGCUCUGUUUGUAUGGUGUUAAUCAGGUUUAAUCUGUUGAGGACUUGCAUUCUAUGUCAGACUGCAAUUUAUGGUAUUACUAUUGAUUAAUGAGCAAUAAAUUGACAUUAUAACAAAUAAUUGCUUCAUAUGGUGUGAUUGCUUAACAACCUUAAGGUAUAAAAUAUUUUAUUUUAUAUAAUCUUGAAUUUGUCCUUUACUACUUUAGCCCAUAGAAACGCAUUCAUAAAUGGCUACAAAAGACAGCCGGAAAGAAAGUAGAUCAGAAUCAGUGGCGACCAACAUUCAGCGUCCCACCUGUUUUGAGCCCUACAUAUAUUUUUGGGGAGUGGGGUCUUGACAAUUUUGCAUGUUAUUUUGGCAUUAAUACUUGUCGCACAUGAAGUUUGUAAACAAUGUAAAAAAGGAUAUAUCAUUGAGUUAAUAAAGCUGCAUACAAA